AUGUCCGAUCUACCCAAUCCUACACCUCCAUCAAAUAAUUCACCUAUCGAUUCUCAAAACCAUAUUCAACCUCCUUCGCCAAGCAUACAAGCUCAAACCGGCUUGCUCACUUCAUCCCACAUCCGCAACCAACAAAUCCAAGGCUUAGACGCCCUCACUAUUCCUUUUCUUGCUCUGCCCACCUCAUCCCCACACCACCCCGACAACAAAAAACCCAUCGCCAACAAACCUACUCGACAACCUACUCCCCCGAUCCCUCACUAUCACUUCACCCCUACACCUUUCAAUUCUUCCGCACCCCCCCAAUCUUCAUCCUCCUCCACCAACCCAACACCCACCGUAACUCCAUCUCAUCCCCCCGUCUCAACUCCUGCGGCUACCACGGCUACUGAUAACACGGUUUCCCCAACCCCAAUCACUACGAAAAAAGACAUAAAUCACGAGACACCCCCUCACAUGAUCCAGACCCAGCCCGUGCCAGCCACAAAUCCGUCUAUGCCGGACUUCGCCAACUCGCCCGCCGGUUAUUAUCCUCCCUUUCCCUACAUGUCUUACCCCUACCCGUACCACCAUCUCCCCUACGGUUUUCCACAAAACCAAUCUCCCGUGACACCUUCUCCCAAUCCCGUUCAACACCCCGCUUUCCCGGUCUUGUACAAUGCCGAUUUUUUCGACAAACCGACCACCAACAUCCAUCACGAGAAGAUUGGCCGGGCUAUUCUUCUCCACUCCAUCGACUCGUCUCUUGAGGACGGCAUCUCCUCGAUAUCAACCUGUCAUGAAGGUUUCAAGAACAUCAAAUCCCGCUUCAACUCGGUCUGCCGGGCCGCACAAAUCUCGACCCUGGACGCACUUCUGAAAAUCGACCCCGACUCGUUUGCGACUUCGGCUGCUUGUGGCGCUCGAAUGAACGAUCUCAUAACCGAUUUGAAAGAUCUGAACAUUGCCUUCACCGUGGACAACAUCCUCGGACUCCUUUUUCAGCGGAACCAACAAUCGGGUCCAGUUAAGCAAGAAAUGGCUCAGCGUGUCGAGCACAUCAUGUAUACGGACGCUCUUCACACGGCACCGACGUUUGAGAAGCUCCUGAAGAUGUACAAUGUUUGUCGCAACCAGGUUGCUCUUUCCGACUCCGGUGGUAACAACUCUCUUUUCCCUGACAUCCAAAGCCCACACCAUAUGAUUGCCGACGCCCCGGCGGAAAUUUUAGAGCCAGAGGCAACAGUGAACAAUGAUGAUGUUGCUGUGAACGCUGCACGACCCAAUAACAACUGUCAUAUAUGCCGACAGCCGGGUCAUUGGUCCAACUCCUGCCCCGCAAGGACCAAACCUGUCCCACAGAAAUCCGGUAACACCUCCAACUUUCGAAGUGCCCCACAAUAUUCUUCUCCGUCGUAUCUCCCCUACUGUCCUAUUGUUGUUGCCCCGAACUUCACACCCUAUGGACAACACAUUUUCCCCGGCAACCCAGGUUACCAGCCGGUCUUUGCGCCGCACAACAAUUCCAUUCCCCCCAAUCCUCCUCACUCUUGCAUUAACAACCAAUCUUAUGAUUCCUACAAACCCAACUAUGCAACCCAGAAGCCCGCCGUAUCGGCAAAGAACAUUGAUGUUGGGAACAUUGAGGACGAGAUUGCUGAGCUCCAAAUGACCGGAGAAGCUACAGCGGAAGCCAUUGGGCUUGGCUCGAACGUCAUCACUGACACGGGCGCUACUAAUCAUCUUACUGGAGACAGGUUUGCUCUUUUUAACUUUAAACUCCUCCAGAAACCUAUCCCCCUGAGAGUAGCAACUGACAGUUGCAACGAAUGUAUCACAGGGGUGGGGACAAUGGUUUUUCCUGGAAAGAGUGGAAUGACCAUCUCCGUUAACGGGGUUAUGUUCUGUGAGCAAGCAAAUGCCACCCUUAUCUCCCCUUCCGCACUCCGUCAUGCUAAUGUGUCCAUUAGCUAUGACACCUCUUCAGAUACCUUCCUCUUCCGAUCAAGCGAUGACCGAAUCCUCCUUGAGAGCAAACUUGACCCAACCGGUCGAUGUUGGACACUCCCGCGGCCUAUAUCUCGGACUCCGUCCGACGGAUCCCGCCUAAUCCAACCACCCAUCUCUAAAUCCGUUUCUAUUCCCAAUGUUAUGCCUUCCUCGUAUGAUCACCUUGCUGCAACCCCUGUUCCCUCCAAUGUUGAUGACAAGACUUCUGAAUUUAUCUUCUCCUAUCCCAUCGACAAACAAAGUUUCAAUUGGCAUGAAUCUGACCUCACAAAAGAUGAAAUGAAACUACUUUUUUGGCACCGAGUUUUUGGGCAUGCCGGACUACGUCGCAUCCAAAAGAUGAUUAAGUUGAACCUCGGCGUAGGACUUCCCACUAAUCUCCCUAAAGGGGAUAUUAAGUGUCCAGUUUGCAUGAUUGCUAAAGGCACUUGGACCAACACUCUACUCCCCACUUUCAGGCCAGUAGGCACCCUGGACAUCAUUGCCUGCGAUCUGAUGGGUCCUUUCGAGAUUCCGACCUUUGGAGACGGGAAAUAUAUCCUCGCCAUUCGAGAUAUUGCUACGUCUUAUAGCGAAAUUAAGAUAAUGUCAAAAAAGAGUGAGGCCACUCAAUUGCUAAUCGACCAAGUUCUACGUUUUGAAACAGCUACAGGCAAACGAGUCAGAUGCAUCCAAUCUGAUAACGGCGGGGAGUUUGAAACAAAAAUUCUAGCUGAUUUCAUCAAAAAGAAAGGCAUCAAGGCGGAGAGAUCGCUCCCAUACCACCAUUACCAGAAUGGGGCUAUCGAACGGUACAACAGGACAGUCUCCGACAUGGGAAGAGCGGUGCUCACUGACAGCCACCUACCGCGGAGCUUUUGGGGAUUCGCGUUUCUGUGGGCCAACUACACGCUCAACAGGGUUCCGAACAAAGUAAGUGGUAAUCAAACACCUUUUCAGGCGUUCUACGGCUAUAAACCAACCCUCGACCACAUGAGAGUGUUUGGAUGCCGCGCUUUUGUGCUGACCCCACCAGAAAAGCGAAAGCGUUUGGAUGACAGGGCCCUCUAG